AUGCGGCUGCUGCACUGGCGGACAGGUCCCUUCCUCGAGGCAGACCCCUGGGUGACAGAGAGGGGAUCCAGAUUGGUUAGCAGUGUUCAGCGCUCGGCUCUUUUGCUUGCCGCCUCCCACUGGGGUUUGAUGCCCACUGGUUUUAUGUCUUCUGGUUAUGGUUCGUCUAGUCGCAGAUGUCGUUUAUCUUGCCUCAUCCUGGGAUUUCCUUCUGUGUUGUUUUGGGCUGCGGCUUGUGAGUGUCAUCAGGUUUUCGUCCCAUGGCGGGUGGUCCGUUCUAGGAUCAUCCUGUUGUGGGUUUCCUGUUGA